GCAGAUAAAAUGGUUUAAAUAAAACAAUGUUAAAGCCACACCGAGACCGCGUCGCCUUCGUUGUCGGAAAGUUGAUGGCGCGGAGAUCCGACCGACGGUUCCGACCGGCGUCGAAUUGAGUCGUCGGUCGAUUCAGUCUCCUUCUUGGUUAGUCCCCGAGGGCCUUGGAACCACUGCAACCGCGACUCUCUCGUGCGGUUGGCGCGGCUUGGGCGACCUGACGAUGACAACGAGUUGAGCUCGUUCUGCAGGGACUGGACUUGCUGGGCAGACUCUGCUUCGACGCGCAGCUUCUCUUGCGCAAUGAGGACGAUGCUUUGCUUGGUGGCUUCCAGCGUGGCUUGGUGCACCUGGAGCUCGUGUCGGAGCUGCUCAACUUCGACUUGAAGGCGCUGCUGCUCAGCCAAGUCGGUCGCCAGUUUCGAGUAUUUGUGCUUGCGCAUGACCGACGCAAGCAAGUGCGAGGCUUUUUCAUACUGCAGCUCCUUUUGCAGGUGCUCAACUUGCGCUUUCAACUCUUGCGCGUACUGGGCCUUCUCGGCAGUGGUCGACCCCAACGGCACAAACUUGCGGAACGAGUCAAUCUCGGGCAGUUUGAGCAGUCCAUGGAUCUCGUUCACGACAGCGCGCUUCAACGAGUCCAACUCCGACUCUUCGGAAGGCUUGGUCGCAUCGUUCAAGCCACUCGUGUCGUCGGCCUGCAUGAUCUGGGUAGAGUACUUGAGCUGUUGUAGUUCCUGCUUCAUCUCUUCAAUAUGCUUUUCAGUCUUUUGUACUUCCGUAUCCGCGGUAGAAUCGGGGAUCGCGGUGGCCGUGGAUGCUUCUAAAGCCAUGGAAGCUGUCGACGGAGCCUCUCGCGAAUCAAGCCAUGCUGCCAGCGCUUCUGCCCGUUGCAGCAAUGUAAAUGCCUUCUUCUUCAACGUUCGCUGGGUGGCAGCAUCGAGUUCAUUUCGUCCGAUCUCGGUGAAAAUCCCACCGGCGUCAGCGUACUCGUUCACUGCUGCCGCAAAGUCUCGACCUCGUUCUUUCGCCAUUGCGGAUUUGGUGAUUUCGAUAGCGCGUUGAUACAACUGCUGUUGGCAAGCAGUAUCAUUCCGUCGACCCUGGUUCAUUUGGGAGGGCAGAUGCACGGUCUGCGUUGGAGAUAAUGGCGAUUUGACCACACAAGCCGGCGGUGCCACUGGGAUGGUCGACGUUGUCGGAGGUGGGGCGACCGUGUCCUCCUCCUCCCAAUCAUCUUCGCAUAUCUCAUCAUGACUUGGAAUGGCCAUGUAGGACGCAGUGGGUAAUUGUGAACGCGCAGGUGCGGAUGGAGCGCGGCCUGCGCGCAAUUUGGCCAACUGCUCCUCCAACGUGGACGGCAUGGCACCGACGGAUCCCCGACGAACUACGCACGUUGGACACCCC